CAGCCUUGUGUCCGUAGCGACAGCUAAUGUGUUUACAGAAAACAUUUAUGAGUAUGUGCUGGCCUCCGGUAUGGACGUAAAUGUGAUUGAAGAGAAGGUGAAAGUUUUGCAGGCUCAUGUCCGUGGUUACUUGGUAAGAAAGCACUUUCAAAGUUUAACUGAAGAAUAUGCAGGUGUCGUAACGGACAUUGAAGGAAAUUGUGACAGUCUGUGCUGGAGAGGAGCCUUCAUCCCUAUACCUUCAUUCUAUAAGACUAAGGAAACCAAAAGAAAAGUCAUUAACGAUACAAAGAAGGUUAUAGAGGGUCUCAGGCAUGAAGAAGUGCCAGUAGAGGAACACAUACCUUUUAAUAAGAAAGCUGAAAAAAACGUGCAAGCUGAUGCAAAGGUCAAACCUUUGGAUAAUGCAUCUGAGCUGCAGGCUGCAGUACCUGAACCAAGCGACAGAGGUGAAGCGGCAGCUGAGCCCUACAAGUUAUCACUUCCCGAAAAAGAUGGGACUGUGGAAUCUUCCAGCAGGAGCUUUCCUGGGUCUGAAAGCUCCUUCAGAGAGGAAAGGGACAUUGCAAACAGCAGCAGUGUUACUUCUGUGUGGAAUAGUACUGUGAUGGACAGCACCCAAAGUCUGAUCCCAAAAGGACUUGCAGGACAUGAGCUACCUGAGACUCUUGAAGGGUUGCGUCAGCACAGAAGUGACCUUGCCAUGGAACUCCUUUGGCUGCAGCAGGCUAUCACCAGCCGUAAAAACUAUUUGACUCUGAAGCAGAACCUGGGGACAUAACAAAAGCAGUACCACAUCUCGAAAGAAGAAGAUGCAUUUUGAUUGACUAGCCUGACAUUUAGUCUAGGCUGAAGUCAAUAAUGACUGUUCUUUGACAAUUUUGUUAACAGGAUCAGUGCCUUCUAGACAGACUGAAGGAGUUUGUAGACAGAAACACUGAGCUUUAGUUGUAAUCCAUAUGGAGCAAAACUGAGAGAAGCAACAGUGAAACACAGUCCAUUUGCAGAGUCGCUAUAUGCAAACAGAUUUAAUCAAUGCAAGUGUCCAGCUGUCCAGCAAUUUCUGAAUACUUUUUUAAAGCAUAUGUUGUUAUAGUGGAGCUCAGACUGUAAACAUCUGUGAUAUAUUGUUAAUGCAGUGAUAAUCUCUUAAAUUACACACGUUUUACUUUCCUAGAAGUGUGAAACAGGUGCCUUUACAAAUGAGCUUUAUGAAAUGCUGUGUUAACUACUAAUCACCCACACACAGUUGAGCAUCAGAUAGGAGUUAAACUCCACCCACAGAUAGUGGAGCAAAACCUAGGAGUUUUAAUUUCACCCCCACACAGUCAUGUAUCACACAGGAAUUUAAUUCCACCCACAUGUGAUCAUACAUCAACUAGGAGUUAAAAUAACCUUAAGAGUUAUGUUAUUUCUAAGAGCUGCAUGAUGAAAUCUAAUGUGUGCCCCCUGAGAUAUAUAUUGCCUCUUUUUCAUUUAUGAUGAUUUUUUUUUAUUUUCCAUAUUUACUGUACUUUUUAUACUUAACUUAUUUUGUACAAAUGUGGUGUGUUGCAUUCUAAGUGCCUGUCAUGAACUACUGUGUGGGUAACAUCUACAAGACUGAAAGAACUUCCUGAUUUAGUUGUGUUUUGGGAGUAUUUUCAGUUAUGCCAGAUAAUCUGUGCUAUUACCAGUUUUAUUUAGUAUCUUUUUUCCAUGCUUCUAGUUUGCAUUUAGAAAUAUUCUAUUAACUUACUUCUUAUCAGGAAUAAUUCUGAUGCUUCACCUAAUGUUUUAUUUUUUUUUU